AUGACUCUCAGACUCGCCCCAUACAAUGACGCGAUGCGUCUGGGUCAAGGAUUUAAUUCCUACACCCACGAAUUAUGCAUUGACCAGGCUGUCAAAGUCAAGCAGCGUAAGACUGUGGAAUUGAAGGGCGAAACGUCCCAGGUCGUAUCUUACUCCGCUCGUUUUGUGGAAAAGUUGAGCGAUGUCGUUGAGACUAUGAAUGUUUCUUAUAGUUCCGCGAUCAAGAAGGGUACCAUUGAGAUUAGUGGAAACUCUAGCACAGUCGACGAGACAACUUUCAAGUCAUCGCACUUGAAUGCAGUUGUCGCCGUCAAGGUUGUGAAUCAAACCAUCUCUACUGAGGAUGAGUGUGAGUUUCAGAAGCUUGAGAACAAUGAUGCGGCUAUGUAUUCUCGCUUCAAUGAGAUAUACGGUGACUCGUAUAUUUCCGGUUUCAUUGAGGGUGGAGACUUUACGGGUAUCGUCUCCAUCAAGGUUCUGGAUGGUCACGAUGUGAAAAGCACAGUAGAAACAAUCAAAUCAGGCCUCAACAUGACUAGCAAGGACGAAGUUGAAGAAUUUGUACUUGGUCCAUCUGAUAAUUCAGUCCGCUCAAAUCUUGCAUCCGCUCUCAAAGACACCGAAACCACCAUAUCCAUCAGCUGGAUCGGCGGCGCUCAAAUCAAAGAGGCGAGUCGUGCUUGGGACAUUGACUCAAUGUACGCAGCAGCGGCUGCAUUCCCGGCAGCAGUGGCGCAGUGUCCUCAGCGUACUUGGGCUAUCCUAACCCCGUACAAGGCGAACAGAUCCUUCGUCAAGUGGAGUACCGGAUCACCUGUCAAAACUCUACAGUAUGAUCUGAUUGCGAGCUUUACCGCAGAGUUGUUUGAUAGCUUCAUGGACUACAAGAUGCUUCUCAAGGACAUCCAAAACAUCAUCAGCAACCGUAAGGACUAUCGACAGCGUAUCGGCGUUGUCGAUGCCAUCGAUACCAACUUGAAGACACUCCUCAGUGUUCGUGGGGCUCUGCGGGAUGAGCAGACAAAAAUCGUUGAAGCUAUCGGUGUUUUGAGUAAAGACCCUUCCGUGCUGAAACGACAGGGAGCUUGGUCCACCACCAACAGGGUUCCCCUAGUCAAGCAGAUCAUUGAGAAGGCCUUGGGACAUGCAGCCAAUUGGGAGCCGAAAACGUUGACAGUUAAGGCAGCAUCUGCACAAGAUUCAACACAAUCAGCCACAAACCAGAAGUCAGAAAGCGACGAUGAAGUAUUGGUCGCUGUGGAGAAAUCAGGGAGCGAUUCGCCCACCUCUUCACUUACUCCAGCCCUGGCACCCGAGACCACUCCAUCCGACGUCAGCAAGCCGACAAUCGAGUUCAACUUCGAUACUCUGAUGCCACCAGAGGUGUGGGAGGAUUUGCUACCUGAACCAAUCGACCCUUCGAAGUAUGGUCAGGUUACCAACAUCAUGCCCCAGACUCCUCAAGUCAACAGUCUUCUGAACCAGUUUAUGCCUCCUCCAGAUGGUUCUUCCGGAACAGGUGUCGUGGUGUCGCAGUCAUACGAUGCUAUGCAACGCGAACUGGAGUCUUUCAGGAAGGAGAAGCUUGCCGCCGAAAAGCUCGCAGCAGAUGCCGACGCUGCUCGUGAAAAGCAGGCUCGUGAGUAUGCCGCUUUGAACGCGCAGUAUGCUCAAUACAAGGCGGAUGCCGAAAGAAUUCAAACUUCUCAAGCAUCUCAAAUCAACGAAAGAACAUCGACAAUCCAGUCUAAAGACGCGGAAAUCCAACGUCAGAAGGCGGCGUAUUCACAAGCUCUUUCGGAGCGCGAUCAGGCUCGAUCCAGUGACUCCCAGAAGCAGAACGAAAUCAACGCUCUCAAGGACUGUGCUCUCGACGGUCUUACUGCAGAGAAGAUAAACGUCUUGUCAAUCACGUACGGUACCAAGACUUACUGGGAACUUGGAUGGGCAAACGACCCGUUUGGCCUCGUACCCAAGGUUAAACAAUUGAUUGAGUCUAGAGGCAGUUUCCUCAUUAAUGAUCCCUGGUUCGGUUCUGAUCCCAAUCCUGGACUACAGAAGCAGUGUUGUAUCACGUAUCGCUUCAACCACCCUGGUCAGCCGAGAAGAGUUAGAAUCAUGACCGGCAAGCAACACGAUAACGGCACGUUCGAUUGGCUUUAA